AUGACUGCGUUUAGGAAGAGUUUUGGAGGUUCUAAUAGAUGUAGGAGGUGUGGGAAGAAUCAUGUUGGGCAGUGUAGGGCACCAGUACGAUGUUAUCAUUGUGGUCAGUCAGGUCACUUUAGGAGUGAUUGCCCGCAGUUGAGACGAGCUACUGCAACUGCUCCAUCUCCACCAGCUCGUAUGGAUAUACAGAGGAGAGAUCCUUCUAGGUUACCAUCGAGUGAAAGUGGGUUAGAAGAAGUUGAGCCAAUUCUAGAACUAGAGGAAGAAAAUCAAAGAGGUUAUGAUGAUGAGUUUGAGAAAGAAGAAAGAAAAAAAGAAGAAGACAAGUAUUUAUUUGAAGAGUCAAAAGAACAAAAUGUCGUAGUAGAGGGCCUAGAGUUCAACUAUUCUAGUAGUGAUGAUAGCACUAAUGAUGAGUCUGAAGACAAUCAAGUUGAUUGA